AUGGCAGAGGCUUCGGAAGCAUGGCACGCAGUCAAACCAACUGGUCUUGCUGCAGCUCUUCUCGCUACCGCCAUCAUAUUCACGGCAAUGAUCAUCGUUGUUGUCGGCUUGAGAAUAUGGGUCAGAGUGACGCAUCACUGUUUUGGACUUGAGGAUUGGCUCAUGUGCAUUGGAGCGACUCUCAACUUGGUUCACAAUGGAGUCGUCAUCUGGGGCAGUUUCACCGGCAUUGGGACGCGAGACUCCAAGCUCAACGCAGCUAUGGUGAUGGAGGGUUUCAAGGCUGUGACCUUUUGGCAGAUCUUCUAUAUCAGCAACUCUUUGUUCAUCAAGAUAUCCAUCUGCGCUCAGCUUUUACGUGUCACAGAUAACAGGAGAAUAAAGAUUUUUCUCUGGGGAUUGAUAACUUUGACUGUUCUCAUUACACUGGUCGCAGGAAUCAUCGGCCUAGUCAGGUGCAGACCCCUCAGUGCAUCUUGGGAUUCUACCACAGGAACAUGUAUGGAUCAGGGUAUACUCUCAGUACUGACAUACGUUGUGUCGGGGAUCAAUAUCGUGGUCGACUGGUCUGUCGCUAUACUGCCAGUGAUCAUUCUUUGGAAUGUCCAGAUGCACAGGACUUUAAAGAUCAUGGCGAACGUGGUUAUGGGCAUUGGCGCAUUGGCAUCAGUGGCAACUAUUAUUCGCCUUCCAUACUCACCUGCAUAUUCUCAACCUUCGAACCAACUCCACGGCAUCGGCAAUAUCAUCCUUUGGACGAUUGUGGAGUGCAGUCUCGGUAUCAUCGCCGGAUCAAUGCCCAUGCUCCGAAAGCUCUUCAAAGCUCUGCGGAAAGACGACAGUUCAUACGCCAGAGGGACCGACGAUAUCAAUCUCGUCACCAUUGGCCAGGUUCGUGGGAAGCAUCAUCCGAUCUAUGACGGGGACGUCAGAGCAACGGUUGCUGCGGGAGAAGAUCGAGAGAGCGAUAGGGACGAUGAGAGCACAAGGCAGAUAAUCAGAGUCACAAAAGAGUUUGAGCAGACAUCUGUCAUAGAGAAUCCUCCGUCUCGAUAUUAG